CAGAGGAGCCCUUCCCGCAGUGAACCCAUACAGGACAGCCACCAUCCAUCCAUCCAUCACCACGAUCAUGGAUCCAGCUUCCCUUCCCACCCUCUCGCCCACAGCGGACCCCUCACUCACAGAGGAGAUCCUCGACGUGCUCCAGCAAGCCAUCCAAGCGCAGCAGGCCAAGAAAGGCGUCAACGAAACAACCAAGUCCGUCGAGCGCAACUUGUCCCAGAUUGUGAUCGUAGCGGCUGAUACCUUCCCUAUCGCAAUCGUCAUGCAUCUUCCUAUGCUCUGCCAGAUGAAGAAGAUCGCUUGCGUUUUCGUCCCCGGUAAGGCUGAGCUGGGUGAGGCGUGUGGGUUGGGUAGGUCUGUUAUUGCGGCUACUAUUAUUGCGGGGGGAGAGUGUGCGGGUGAGAGUGAGCUGGCUGCGCGGAUUGAGCGGCUUAAGGAGAAGAUUCAGAAUAUUGAUGUUGGUGUUGAAUGAGUAUGACUCGUGGGUGGACCUUGAGAGGACAUCUAGUGGAGGGACAUUCUUGUGGAGACACAUUCUACGAUGGAUUGAAAAUGGCUGUUAGGGAAUUUUUGCCCAGAUACUGGUUAUUUCUGGCUAUGAGUGUCGGGGUUGGAUUUGAAGAAAUAUCAAGGAGCUGUCAGCUUUGGUCGGGCAUGUUUGAUUGCUACUGGAUAGAAGAUCGCGGUCCAUAGACCAAAUCAAG